AUGGUGACGCUCGAGGAUGUGACCAUGGUCUUCAGUGAGGAACAACUGGUGUUGCUGGACUCUGCCCAGAGGAAGCUGUACUGUGAGGUGAUGCUGGAGACCUUCAGGAAUGUGGUGUCACUGGGAAACAAGAAUCUAGAGGUGAUGGAGUCUCUUGAGGAAGUGGGAUUGAGGCACCUGCCACACGAGGAGCUUUUCUGCUCACAAAUCUGGCAGCAAGUUUCAGGGGACCUAACGAAGGCUGGAGACUGCAGAGUAAGCAUCAGGGAAACUGGCUCUCCAUUGAAACGAGAUGAUGUGCAUCAUGGGGACAAGGAGUACAGCAAAUAUUCCAGUCAAAAUCCAGUUCUUCAACUACAUGCUCAUCAUCAAAUCCACACUGGAGAGAAACCAUACAAAUGUGACACAUGUGGCAAGGGCUUUAGUUACAGCUCACACCUUAACAUCCACUGUAGAGUCCACACGGGGGAAAAGCCCUAUAAGUGUGAGGAGUGUGGGAAAGGCUUUAGCAUAGGCUUACACCUGCAAGCUCAUCAGAUAAGCCACACUGGAGAGAAACCAUACAAGUGUGAGGUGUGUGGAAAAGGCUUCUGUCGGGCCUCAAAUCUGUUGGAUCAUCAGAGAGGCCACACUGGAAACAAGCCCCAUCAGUGUGAUAUUUGUGGGAAGGGCUUCAGUCAUAUUUUUGAUUUUAAUAUCCACAUUAGAGUCCACACAGGGGAAAAGCCCUACAAGUGUGAGGAGUGUGGGAAAGGGUUCAGCCAGGCCUCAAAUCUUUUGGCCCAUCAGAGAGGCCACACUGGAGAGAAGCCCUAUAAAUGUAACACGUGUGGAAAGACCUUCUGCCAGAGUUUAGAUCUUAAUGUUCACUGUAGAAUCCAUACAAGAGAAAAACCCUAUAAAUGGGAGGGGUGUGGGAAAGCCUUCAGUCAGUUCUCAAGUCUCCAGGUGCACCAGAGGGUUCAUACAGGAGAGAAACCAUAUCAGUGUGAAGACUGUGGGAAAAGCUUCAGUGUAGGUUCACAGCUUCAAGCGCAUCAGAGGUGCCACACUGGAGAAAAACCCUAUCAAUGUGAGGAGUGUGGGAAGGGCUUCUGUCGGGCCUCCAAUUUUUUAGCUCAUCGUGGGGUCCACACAGGAGAGAAACCGUACCCAUGUGAUAUGUGUGGGAAACACUUCCGGCAGAGGUCCUACCUCCAAGCCCACCAGAGGGUCCACACUGGAGAGAAACCUUACAGAUGCGAGGAGUGUGGGAAAGUCUUCAGUUGGAGCUCAUACCUUCAAGCCCACCAGAGGAUUCACACAGGAGAGAAGCCAUACAAGUGCGAGGAGUGUGGGAAGGGCUUCAGCUGGAGCUCAAGUCUCCUAAUUCACCAGUGA